CCUGUCUUCAUUAGCCCGGUGUGAGCGCGCGGAGGUCCAGCCAACCUCUGGUCCGGCUCUUCAUCAUGUCCGGUCAAAGCGGGGAACUGGAGCCAAGAUGGCGUCGUCUUCACGUUUCGCAGCCCGCUACAAACGCUGGCAGACGGAGGGAGAGAGGCCGUUCGCUUCUCUCGAGGUUCUGGACGGGAACUGCAGCAGUGGAGCCGUGAGGCGCGUCGUCCCCGGGACGUUUUCCGUCCCCGGUCAGCUGGAGGGAAACCCCCGACACGUCCAGAGCGGAGCCGGUCAGCAUGCUGGCGGCUCUGAGAGCUGGCGGAAGCUGAAGCCGUCAGUGGAGUGUGGAGACGACGCCAUGACACUGACUGUGAGGAGGAAACGAGCCAUACAGCUGCUGCUGGACCAAGUGAACGGCUCGUCGAUGCCCCUGCUCCAUCUGCCUCAGCAGUGUGGCUACUCCAUUCGAAGCUCCUGGAAAGACCUCACUCUGAUGGCUCAGUAUGACGCCUGCCACAUCGUUCGAGAGGACGAUGGCGGCUAUGUGUUGCCUCUGCUGUGGAGGGGGAUUCCCGUCAAGGUCUCCUGCCCGGUCUCCCAGCUCCGCCUUCAAGGCGAGGGGCCGUCCUCGCUCUGCUGCUCCCCCAACGGCAUGACGGUGAAACUGAGAGGAUCGUCUGCUGUGGAGAACCCUCAUAUAAACGUUCAGGGUGAAUGGACUCCUCUGGGGCUGUUGGCUGAACAGUGUGGUUAUACUGUGACCAGACUGGCUGCAGAGACGGUCGUCGCCGUGCCAUUCCUCACUUGUGGUGUAACAGUAAAGAAUGGAAAAAACACACUUCUGCUUAAAUUAGGAGAGGACAUUUUCAUGUUGGCUUGUCCUGCUUUUGGAGAAGUGUCAGCUGCCCAUCGGCCUCUGGCUGACAGCCCCCCUGAUUUCACCAGAAAGCUGCCAAAACCAAAGCUUGACUCCUUCAGGCAUUUACUGUUUAUGCCGCCUUUCUACUUGGCUCCACCUUAUCAUCCUCACCCAACAUAUCACCGUAGUUACUCUGAAAAUGAAGAACAGGACAGCCAGAGUCCUCCUCCUCUUUCUGUGGCUCCGAUGGCUGACUUUAGUUCCCAGCUGAACUCUCAAGACCUUUACUUUCUGUCUCUUAAAGAUGCACAUAAAAACUUUGGUACCCAAAAGCCUCUUUCAUCUGAAGAAAAGUUGGCUAGUUUGGGUUCAUUGCAUAACGACCAAAAGCAGAAUCGAGAAGCUCCUCUCUUGGAUGUCUCAACGGAUAGUUUCUCCCCUACAGCCCUGCCGGUUCAGGUGGCAGCUCCUCAUUUCCACCAUCACAGCCGUGAUUUUAGCUCCCAUUACCACGACUACCAUCAUCCAAAGUUCCCUGUUCCUGGCACACCUCAGGGCUCAGGUCCGGGUCUUCCUGGAUCACAAACCUCUUCCGAUUCUCCGAACCAUCAACCUCCAUCCGAGCAGUUUGAGAGUCUGAAAGAGGGACCGACCCGGAUUUCUUCACCUGCAGUGACAGCAGUUCAUGCGCCUUACUUUACUCAUCCGUUUCCUUUCUACUAUUACUACCCACAUGUUGCAAAGGGUGACAGGAAGAGACUGGGGCUUUUCCAUCCAGAUUGGACUGCAAAAACAAACAUGUCUUUAGUACCCUUAAAUCCUGAAACGCAGAGUAUUAACCCUGAGCCAGAGAAGGAGAAAUCCGAUUUUCAGCCCAGUUCAAAACCAAAGCUACAAGACAAAGACAAACAUUCAAUCUUCGUGUCUCCAGAUCCCAUCGCAGCUCCUCCUGACAGACCAGUGUUCCCCACUCCAGGAUUCACAUAUAACGCAGAUCCCGACAAGUACUACUAUCAUCCGUACUAUAACUACUACCUGAAGUAUUACACACCAGAAGCGUUGCGUGGCGUCUACAGCCAUCUGGGUCAAGCUUUGCCAGAAUCCUUGUCAGUACAACAACCUUCCCACUUAAGAUAUCAACCCGAACCUCGACCCUCUGAACCAGGGUACCACAUUCCCAGCAGACUGAUGUUCCCCUACGAUGAUUACUAUCACUACUACCUGCCUCAGCUGAUCAGAUACGACCAGCAGCUCCAUCUUCCAGGAGGUAAAGACUCUACACCUCUGCUUUCCCCAAAUGUGGAUUACAGUGACCUGCAGAGGUUUCCUCAUUCUUCUGAGGACCGUCGUUCCAGCACCUUCAAUCCAGCUUAUGCAAACUAUAUUGCUUGGCACCGCAGUGGGUUUAAUAAGAAGCUGAGUGACUACGUGAGAGCCACCCUACCUUCUCCCUCCUCUGAGGACAGGAAGGCUCCCUGCAUGCUGCAGAAGCUUUCCGCAGAUCCAGACGUCUACGUUGCUCCCCUAGACGGCUGCAAACAUAUGCCUGGUCAGAGGAUGGUCCGUCACGGUCUCCUAACGGACAGAGGUUUCUUCCCUGUAAGGUUGACGGUGGGAUGCGGCGCCCCCUCUGAUCCAGGUGAGGCCAGGCCGUCCGCUGAGCCGCCGCCUGCUGUCGUUCUGAGGAUAGCAACCGAUGAAUCCUUCUCCAGCUUCCACCCGGACGCUCAGCUGUCCCUCAGCCUCUUGCAGGGUGAAUCUGUCCAUGUGGAGCUCAGCCUGCUGCAGCCUGCAGACCCCACCCUGCUGCUCCUGCUCCACUCCUGCCUGGCUUACACUUUGACCCCGCGUGUUUACUGGGUGCCGUUUUAUGAGCGCUGCAGCAGCCAGAGUGCGUCGCAGCUGCUUCCUUCCCCGGACCCUCGGCACAUCUGGAGGAUUAAAGUUUCCAGCUUCCCCUCCCUGCCUCCAGCAGGCUACACCUACAGGGCUCCUGAGGGCCCAGCUGCACCGGAGGACCCGGAGGUUUACUUCCUGUGCCACACAGAACUGUGCUCAACUGUUUAUGGUGACUGUGGAGUGAGCUGCAGCAACGGUUUCAACACUUGAUGUAACUGGAUGAAAUAAAG